CAUCUCUUCUCAUUUCUCAACCAACCUCGUAUUUCAUCUCUCUUCAUUCUUCUUCUUUUGUCAUACUAGCAUCAUAAAAUAUUACCAUUCAUCCAUCCAUUCUUUUAAAAUAUGUCAAUCAUGUCCGGCACAUCAUCACAACAAUCACAUCAGCAGCCACCUCAACGGGCAUAUCCUUCCGUCAUAAUCGUUGGUGCGGGUCUUGGAGGAUUGAUGCUUGGAGCACUGCUUGAACAGAUCAACAUCCCUUAUCACAUCUUUGAACGUGCUGCCGAAGUUCGGCCUCUUGGAUCGGCGAUGACUCUUGGUCCAAAUCUUAUGCCUAUCUUUGAGCAGCUUGGACUAGUAGAAGAGAUUCGAAAGUUCUCAUUACCCUGUCUGGGCUUGGACGUCUACAACGAAUCCAUGAAGCAUCUAGGCACGAUCGACCUGAAAUCCCAUAAGGCUCUCGCUGGUCAUGAACAUCUGCUUUUUGCACGCCCACUUCUUUAUGAGUUGAUGCGGAAACAAGUUCCGGCAAGCAAAAUUACCAUGGGCAAAAAAGUCCUACGAACAGAAGAGAAAGAAGAUCGAGUGGUGAUUCACUGUUCAGAUAACACAACCUAUGAAGCUGAUAUACUGAUUGGAGCCGAUGGCGCAUACAGUGGAGUUCGGCAGUCGCUCUACAAACAAAUGGAUGCACAGGGAAUCCUGCCCAAAGUCGACCUAGAGAAUUUCUCAAUUGGCUAUGUGACCAUGGUUGGGGUUGCAAACCCUCAGGAUCCAGAAAAGUUUCCACAACUCAAAGAUAGCGUAUCACACUUCACCUCUGUCAUGGGAGAAGGCAGUAAGAACUGGACAAUAGUCAACGUUCCUAAUAAUCAAAUCUGCUGGGCCAUGAGUGUUCAGCUGGGGGAUUCUAAACUCAAAGGUCAACAGUUCCGCAACUCAGAAUGGGGACCUGAAGCCAAUGAGUCUAUGAUCAAGGAGUUCCAAGAUUUCCCUACACCUUGGGGCGGCAAGAUGGGGGAUAUCAUAGAGGCCACACCCAAGCACUUGAUUUCCAAAGUAUUCUUGGAAGAGAAGGUGUUUAAGACCUGGUACCAUGGCCGAAUUGCCCUUUUGGGUGAUGCUGCCCACAAGAUGUUGCCAUCUGCAGGCCAAGGUGCUGUUAACGCCAUGCAAGAUGCUAUAGUGAUGGCUAAUUGUCUGUACAAUAUGUCUAAUUGCUCUGUUGCAAGCAUCCGCGCAGCAUUUGAAGAUUAUUACAGUCAGCGAUACCAUCGUGCAAACGAGCAGUUUGAGCGAAGCAAAUCACUGGGCAAAGUUAUGCUUGGACAGACUUGGUCAGAUAGAGUCGUCCGUCACGCAAUUUUCAAUUAUACGCCUGAUUGGGUAGUACAGCGCGGGUUUGCAAAGUCAUUUGAAUAUCGUCCACAAGCUGCAUGGUUACCUCUAGCGGAGAACAAGGGUACUGGCAAGGUUCUUCCUCAAGAGUGCAAGAGAUGGGAAAUUAACGAUAAGGAAAAACAAGUAGAGCAAGCGCAACAACAGGCACGGCAACAGGUGCAACAAGUAUAGUAUUAAGCACAACAGGCACAACAAGUACAACGACAGUAUAUAUAUCAUAAAACACAAAUCUUGUUCCAAUAAAAUGACG